AGCCGUGACAAACGCUGGUCGUCUGAGUUGAAAGGUUCGACAAGUUCAACCAAAGCAGCUCUUAUCUCGAACUAGAGAGGAAACUCUCAAAACUAAAUCACUUCGAAUUUUAACUCAAGCUGAACGAUGGAGCUUCCAAAAUUUUUUCCAAAAGACAGUUGCGACGAAGGCAAGAGUGCGCAAGAAAUUGAAAAGCCAGAUCCACAAAAGAUGGAAGAGCAAGUCGAGAGUGCAAGUAAAACGAGCAAAUCAACCCCUAAGCGUAACAAUGUCAAGACCAUUCUCCUCGGGGCAAUUGCAAUACUUGUUCUACUCGCAAUAAUAGCCGUUAUUAUCUGGCUUAUCUUCCUUCCAAACAAGGAGUCGAAAUGCUCAUUGGUCUGUCAGAAACUCGAAUAUUUGCAGCCGCACCCUCCCCUCGUUAUUAUCUCGCUUGAUGGUUACGCUUAUAAGUACUUAUUCAAGAAAAUACAGCCAACACUGGACAAAGUAGCCGAAUGUGGGGUCAAGGCUAAGGUGUAUCCUUCGUUUCCUUCUCAAACGUUUCCAAAUCAUAUAACGAUUGCCACUGGUCUUUCUCCUGGUCAUAAUGGAAUUGUGGGUAACUACAUAUACGACCUCAAUAUUAGUUCUAAACCUGAGUAUCUAGGCACAUCCUUCAUGGACGGGCACCUUACGAAAGAACCGAUAUGGUCUGUUUACCAACGUGAAACUAAAAGAAAAGCAGCGUCGAUUAUGUGGAUAGGAUCCACGCACAACACUACACACUUUAUGCAACCGCACUACAAAGUUUCCUUCAAGGUCGACAUGAGUGCAGACGAAAAACUUGACCAGGCGCUUGAUUGGCUUUUGCUAGAAGGAGAUGAGAGACCUGGUCUGAUCCUGGUUUAUAACUUGGAGCCUGACUACACAGGACACUUAACCUCAGGUCCAGAGGUAGACGAGGCGAUAAAGUCCGUUGACAAGUCGCUAGAACGCUUUCUUCAAAAGCUAAAAGAAAAGGAUAUUUUAGGUUGCGUGAACAUUGUUAUUCUAUCUGAUCAUGGGAUGGCACAAUUGAAAAAUCGCGUUGUAUUGGACGAAGCGUUAUCUAGUUUGGAUGGUCUCGUAAUCACUACAGGAGCCAAUACAUUGAUGUUCCGAAACAACUCGAAAUUGACGUAUGAGGAGAUCAUAAGUUCCUUGACGUGCAAAGGAAAAGAUGUUGUCCGAGUAUUCAACAAGAAAACGGUUCCAGUCAGAUUCCAAUACAGCGAUUCGAAUAGAAUUGGCGAUUUUAUCGUUGUUGGACAGAGGGACGCCUACACAUACCUACAUCGUGAAGAUAUUCAGUCAACUCAUAAUGGUGAUCACGGAUAUGAUUACAUAGAGCCUGAUAUGCAUGCUAUUAUGUUUGCUCGAGGACCAGCUUUCAAGGAAGGAACCGUACUGCCACCUUUCAUAAAUGUUGAAUACAUGAACCUAUGGACAAAACUGCUGCAGUUGCCAGAACACAAAAAUGAUGGAGAACCAGAUUUCAUGAAUUUGGCGUUGAACUCUGGCAGCGGAACCUCAACUCAACGACGUCCUGUAGUUCGAGAGUGCGAUGCAACCCCUGAUUUUAGUGAACAAUCUUUGCAGACAAUAUGCGGCGAAUGUUCUAAUGAAGACAAGCAAACUUUUGCAAAUUGGGCCAAAUGCCAAGCUGGCGGAGUUUCCACAGCGAUGUCCGUAACUUCAGAUACAAGGGAUUUCUGCUCUAUAGCAGUAUGCAACGAUAUGGCAGUAAUGGACGACAAAAAGGAAAAUGUGUACCUGGCAACUUUGAUAGAAUUUUACGAUGGAAGCGAAGAGCAGACGAUCUCGACUAAUUGCACAUUUCAUCUAACGCAACGAGCAAAACUAUGCGUAUCAGCUGAAAUUAAUGACACCAUAGAGUAUCGAACGCUGUCAGCGUAUCCUGGACGAGUGCUAGCCAAUGAUUACAGCCUCAUCAUCCCGUGGAAAUUGAAUUUCAUCAAAGAGAUUCUCGAUCCUUUAAAUGAGUACACAAAGAGCAUUGUGAAGAAACUUGGCAAAGUGAUAUCAAUAACGGGAACAGCUUACGACGAAGACUAUGACGGAAAAUAUACAGAAGAAGUACCUAGUUCACAGUAUCCUACUCAUUUAUAUCGUGUACACAUCGCUUGUGACGGAAAAUGGUCUACAAAUGGGUCUUAUUGCGAAGAUCCAGAACAAACAAAGGUUUUAUCUUUCAUCUUUCCCCAUAUGAAUGGUGAUCCUAAUUGUUUGGAAAAGAAUAAACUGCUUUUGCAAUACACAGCACGGCUGAAGGACGUUGAAAGUAUAAGCGGAAAAUUUUUCAACUUCACAAAUCUUGCCGUUAGACAUCAGAUGAUGCUCAAGAUGCACGUGAAUACUGAGUUGUGGUAA